AUGCUUGUUAACAUUCUCGCCCUCGCCCUCACUACUUUCCUGUCCUUAGUCCCGCUAGCAGGAGCCGCUUUUUCAAUGUCGGGUGCACCUUACGGUGAAGAAUAUGUCUGGGAAGUGAGCAAAUGGGAAGCAGGUUGCGAUGCCGUGAGCAACACAAAUUACCCUCAGUGCCACUAUGGUUCGUGAUCCCUCCCUCUGACAACGUACCAUUCGUUCUAUCUUCAUCAACGCGAUCAUGUAAUGUUGUAAACACCCAUCCAACGCUGUGGAAGUAAUUCUUUCUAUAUUCUCUUUCAUACCAUUACACCUCUCUCACACCCAUAUAACACCACCCUAAAAGGUUCCCACAGAGAGACUAACAUCCCUUCCAGGCUUCGACAUCAAGGGCAACAAAACAACCUUCAAUAGUGGACAGAGCAACGUUAACAAGACUAUCGUUGUGAACAUCCCCCAAUUCGUAUCGCGAUGCGAAGUCCUUACCGUCAGCGUGGGCUCCAACGUGCAAAUGCCCUGUGCACUAUACGACGACGGAACAAAACACAAGAUGACGGCCAUGUUCUUGCCCUAUCCCAAUACCACAUUCGAUAAUUAUCUCUACGUCAGCUACGGGUCCUGGAUCACGUCUGCCCCAAAGUUGUAAGUGCCCUCAUAAACCUCCUGUGCUGUGAAAGGAAACUCGCUGACCAGAGUUACGCUCUAGGGAGGAGGAUUAUUGGAAUUUCACAAGUAUUACCCCAGUGAAACUUGCUGGGCCGAAGGAGUUCACCAUACCGACUACCGACGCGUGGGGUGCUUUUGGCUUCCCCUAUCCAUAG